AUGUCCGUCGACCCAGUGACCUCUCUUGCCGGCGGCGGUCUAUCUGGCACCGGCCUGGGCACUGUGACAGGAGUGCUGCAAGGCGGCGUGAACAACCUGGUAAACUUCUCCUCGAACUUCCUCGAUCGAUUCUUCCCGCCGGAGAAACGCGAGCAGUGGAAAGCAUGGCUAAUGAAGUUCGCCACGGAACGGCCUUACCUGGCGUCCUUCCUGCUCUCGCAGAUCGCGCUGAGCUGCAUGCCGUUGGCCCUGUUUGCCCUCAUGACGCUGACAGUGUUCAUCUUCGCGUUGCUGGCUGGGAUCCUGGUCGGCGUGCUGGGGGCGUUACUCUUUAUUGUGGCCGCCGUGGGGUUCGCGUUGAUUAUUCUCCUACCGAUACUGUUCUUCACGACGGGCGCGGCGGUGUUUAUCUGGCUGUGGGGCAUGGCUGCCUAUUUCAUCGUCAAGUGGUUCAACCAGAAGGACGUCCCCGGUGUGCAUACCGAUCUGGCGGACGGGUUAUCAAAGGCCAGCGGACUAAAUGACCUCCCUGGCGUCAACGGAAACCCACUGAAUGGUGAGGGUCCGGACUUGAAAUCUGCCGUAACUGGAUCUUCGGAGGAGCAACAACACAACGAAACGCCGAGUAAGCCUGGGAAGACUGAGAAAAGCGAUAAGGGAGAGAAAGGCUCCAGCACGGGAGCACAGUACCAUGCAGACGGCAAGGAGAACCAGUCGCAUCCACGAAAGCUUGCUCCCCGUCCCAGCUCGACGGGACCGACUGGCAAGGCGAGCAGUGCAGUUGAUGGUGUCAGCAAGGGUGUUUCCGGUUCGGUUGGCACUGCGACUAAAACUCUUGGUCUGUGA